CACUGUUAAAGGGCAAUGGUAAUCCAGUGCCUAUCAUGUGUAUCAGUCUCAAUACCACAGCCACGGAAGAAGUAAUGCUACAUACGGCUACACUUGCAAGAAGACACAUGGAAAUUAGUUUCCUGGGCUCUAAUUUGCAAUCGCAUAGCUCGGAUCAGUGCGCUUGGUUAGAUAACAAAAUCCUUGCCAUGACAAAAGGAGGCGUUUGCCUUAUCGGUAAUUGGGCUGACUUAUCUCCAUCGCAAAAGAAGAUCACCUUAAAUCGUUUGGAACAAAACGCUGUUGAAACGAGCACAAAAAUGAAUGAUCCUGCCUCGAUCCAGUCACGGAGUUUAAUUGGACCUGCCAUAUGGACCUUCUGGAAUUAUUUAAACAAUGAAAAACAAUGCGACACUCUUAAGCGACUAGCAAACGUGUUCGGUGCACCUUUUCUUGCACAUCAAGAUGAUAAUGAAGAUUGCUUGAAAUCACGUGUAGCAUUGACGAUCUCUAGAAGCAAUGGAAAGGCGGAAGAUUCCUUGUCUCGAUAUAUUUUCUCCAAUCUCAGCCAAGUAUACUACCUCUAG